CCCGCCCAAAGAGGUGAGGACGAUUCUCUGGCUCGGCCUCGCGGGGCUCCCGGCGCUCCUUCCUUCGGCCCCGGGACUUGGGCCUCCGCGGCCCAAUAUGUGUUAAAAUGCAUAUUUUAAAUAACAUCCAUCUUUGGAAUACCCUGUUCUGCAAAAUUGGAUCAUGAAGGUAAUGGGAAGAAUUUGUCUUUGGAUCUUGAUUUCGCUGUUUCAUUUGAUAGUGUAUGCUGCAGAACAUGAAGAUGUAGCAAAACAUGCAAUAAAGUUGCAUCGCGGGAAAGGAGCCGCUAUUACUCAAAGAAAACAAUGGGUUCUAGACAAUUGUAGAAAACUAUCCGGUCUUCUUCGACAAAAGAAUGUGGUUCUUAAUAAACUAAAAAAUGCAAUUAGAGCAGUGGAAAAGAAUUCUGGAUUAUCAGAUGAAGAGAAACUCUUUCAGGUGCAUACAUUUGAAAUUUUCCAAAAGGAAUUGAAUGAAAGUGAGAAUUCAGUCUUUCAAGCUAUCCAUGGACUCCAAAGAGCCCUUCAAGGAGAUUACAAAGAUGUUGUAAACAUGAAAGAAAGUAGCAGACAGCGACUGGAAGCUUUGAGGGAAGCUGCAAUAAAGGAAGAAACAGAAUAUGUUGAGCUGCUGGCAGCAGAAAAACAUCAAGUUGAAGCCCUUAAAAAUAUUCAACAUCAAAAUAAAAGUCUAUCUAUGCUUGAUGAAAUUCUUGAAGAUGUAAGAAAGGCAGCAGAUCGUUUAGAGGAAGAAAUAGAAGAACAUGCUUUUGAUGACAAUAAGUCAGUAAGAGGGGUCAAUUUUGAGGCAGUUUUGAGAGUAGAAGAGGAGGAGGCCAAUUCUAAGAGAAAUCUAUCAAAACAUGAAAUAGAAGAUAAUUUAGGUCUUAGUAUGCUGAUUGACUCCCAAAACAAUCAAUAUAUAUUGACUAAACCCAGAGAUUCAACAAUUCCUCGAGCAGAUCACCACUUUAUAAAGGACAUUGUUACCAUAGGAAUGUUAUCUUUACCAUGUGGUUGGCUGUGUACAAUGAUAGGAUUACCGACAAUGUUUGGUUAUAUUAUUUGUGGUGUACUACUGGGACCCUCAGGAGUAAACAGUAUUAAGUCUAUUGUGCAAGUGGAGACCUUAGGAGAAUUUGGUGUAUUCUUUACUUUGUUUCUUGUGGGCUUGGAGUUUUCCCCUGAAAAGUUGAGAAAGGUAUGGAAGAUCUCCUUGCAAGGCUCAUGCUAUAUGACAUUCCUAAUGAUUUCAUUUGGCUUAUUGUGGGGACACUUUUUACAAAUCAGACCAACACAAAGUGUUUUUAUUUCUACUUGUUUAUCCUUAUCAAGCACACCCUUGGUGUCCAGAUUCCUUGUUGGUAGUGCCCGGGGUGAUAAAGAAGGUGAUAUUGACUACAGCAGUGUGCUUCUUGGCAUGCUAGUAAUGCAAGAUGUACAGCUUGGAUUAUUCAUAGCUAUUUUGCCAACUCUUAUACAAGCAGGAGCUAAUACAUAUUCCAGCAUUUUCCUGGAAAUACUGAGAAUACUGAUACUGAUUGGUCAAAUCCUCGUUUCUCUGGUUACUGUUUUUCUUAUAUGUCUUGUUAUAAAGACUUAUCUUAUAGGCCCAUACUAUCGAAAGCUGCAUGUGGAGAGCAAAGGAAAUAAAGAAAUCCUUGUUUUAGGAAUAUCAGCCUUCAUCUUUCUAAUGUUAACGAUUACGGAACUUCUUGAUGUUUCAAUGGAAUUGGGGUGCUUUUUGGCUGGAGCAUUGAUUUCUUCUCAAGGUCAUAUGGUUACUGAAGAAAUUAUGUCCUAUGUUGAACCUAUACGGGACUUUUUGGCCAUCAUUUUCUUUGCAUCUAUAGGUCUUCAUGUUUUUCCCACAUUUGUAAUAUAUGAACUCACUGUUUUGAUGUUCCUUACCUUAUCAGUGGUAAUAAUGAAGUUUGUUUUGGCAGUACUUGUCUUAUCCCUUAUUCUGCCAAAGAAUAGUCAGUACAUCAAAUGGAUUGUCUCAGCCGGACUGGCACAAGUCAGUGAGUUUUCUUUUGUUCUGGGAAGUAGAGCACGAAGAGCAGGAAUCAUCUCACGAGAGGUCUACCUUCUUAUAUUGAGUGUAACUACUUUAAGUCUUUUACUUGCCCCAGCAUUAUGGAAAGCUGCAAUUAUGAAAUGUUUGCCAAGACCAGAGCGACGAUUAAGUACUUGAAAACAAAAGCAUUCAUCUCAGAAUUUACAUUACUUUGCAAAAAUAACAAAUCCAAAUAUCUUCGCAGGAAUUUGUGAUAUACCUUCUUAUGAGCCUUACAUAUAUUUUAAAGUAAUACAGACUAUUUUAAAUUAUUAAUGUUUUGAUGUUUGCACAGCUUACUAAAUAUGCUUUGUCAUGUUUUAGAAUCUUCUAAAAUAACUCAUUUAGAUUCAAUUAUGCACAGUAGGAUUGCUUUGAAAAUAAUGCAUCAUGCAAAUCGCCUUGACUAUUUUGCCUGGAUGUGCCUUUUCCCCAAUUUUAUUCAUAUCUUCUUUUGUUAAUUGAUCUAUUUAUUUACCUUUUUUGGUAGAAAACAAAAAUUAAAAUGUCUUAUUUAAUGGUGCCUGUGGUACCUUGUUAAAAUAGCUGUUUAUGUCAUUUCUAGAUUUGUCAUCUGUAGAUCAAGCAUUUAUCAUUAAAACAAGUGGUGUGAAUGUAUUUCAUGCAAAUUUUGGUAGCUUAAUUUUAAUGUUUAAAAUGCUCAAAACUUGUGUUCUAAAAUGAGGUGACUAUUUCAUAGUGCCUAUUUGCUUUUUUUAUUUUACCUCCUUUAAAUACUCAUUUUAAUAUUACUGCAUUAUUUUUAAAAAUGUGUUUGAGCUUUCAAUUGUAUUUUGCAUACAUUUCUUCAGUAAAAGCAAUCUUUGAUUAAGGUACAAUGUUCUUGAACAUUUUUUUUUUGAAAUUUUGAUUUACAGAUUAAAUUCUGAUGCUGAGUAAAUCUCUACACACUCUUUUAUCAAUUUAAAUACUUUGUUUACAUGUUCUAUAUUAUUCACUAAGAGGUCAGAUUUUUAGAUUUUUUGCUUUUUAGAAUGUCCAACUUCUAGCUAUGUGGACAAGAAAAAUUUCUUUUAUAUGCUCUAUUUUAAGAAAUUACAUGUGAGAAAAUCUGAACUUACAAAUUGACAAGCUAGAUAGUGAAAGUUUUAUUACAAGAAAAUAAUUUGCUUUGCAAAAUGGUUUAUCUCUUAAAUGGUGGAAUUGCCCUUCCUAGAAGCAAAUUACAAAUGAGGAUCUCAUACAGGAGAAAAAAAUUAUAUAAAUUUCAUUAGUAGCCAAUAAGUUAAAAGUUUAUCAAUAGUGGACAUGAAAACAUCUUUAUGUUAUUUGUCAACAAAACAGACUAAAUUUAUAAGAAUUUUCAAAUUCAAAGGAAUAUUUUAAAAAUAUGUAUAUUUCAGAAAGUAAACUGCAUCUACAUUUGUUUACAAUAAACUUGACAGACAUUCCAAAUAUUUCCCUGUUUACCUAUUCAUGUUUCUGGUAAAGCAACAUGUGAGUAAUAUAAAUGGGACUAGUUUUACCUAUUGGCAAUUAUAAAGGUGUUAUCUAGAAAACUGGCCGAUGUCAUACCAGUUUUAAAAGUAUAUUUAUAUGAGAAAUCCUAUAAAGAAUCUCAUGUUAUAGCAAGUGUAAAUAAAUAAGUUAGUUACCUGGAACUUUUUGAUAUGCAAAGAUACAUUAAAUGAAUGAAAUGAAUAACAUGAGCUAUUAUGGUAUUUGAGAAACCUAAGAUUUCAGCAGCUUUUCAAAUAGCUAGAACCAACAGUAAUUUAUGGCUCACCAACUUUUUAAAAUAAAACUUCUGAUUGCACCUCUACUUAUGCAAUAACUUACAAUUGUUUUAAAAAAAAGUAUACUUUUUUUUUUGGCUAAAAUAUUUUAAAAGCAUUAGGGAUUCUGACCCUUUAAAGGAAUUGUAUUAUUUUUUUUUUUUGAAGAAUUGUUUUAAAGAGUGAAUAGUCAGUGCUGAUUUUUUUGUAAAUCCAGAUUUGUAUAUAUUAAAUUUGCUUAUAGUUGGCCAGCCUUUUCUUCUCCCAAUAAAAAUUAGUAUUACUUACAUACUUUUUGAAAAAGUAACAGGAUUAUUCUUUUUUCUUUCUUACUUUUUUUUUUUUUUAGUUUUUGGGAUUAAAAUAUAGAAAUAUUGAAGUACUUUAAUAAUUUUACAGUGUUAAUUUUGUACAAAUUUAGAUCUGCUUUCACAGAUUAUGAAAGCCACUUUAAUAUAAGUGAAAAGUGACAUCAGAUUCUUCAUUUUUAAAAAUAUUUGUGCUGUUUUAGUGCUAAUUUAUUUAAAAAACAAAGCUUUGCAGUGUUCUGCUUUUUAAUUUGUUCUAGAAGGAGUAUGCUAAUUGGAUUUAGUUUUGACAAAUUUAAAUGACUUCUUUUUAGACAGUUAAGAAUUCAUUUAAACAAUAUAUUAAAAUUUUAAAGGCACUGUUAUUUUGUCAUUAAAUAUCUUUGUGCAAAAGGUUAUGUAGAAAUAUAGGCUUUUCAUGUGUACUUAGGAUUUCUUGUUAAAAAAAAGUCUAAAACAUAAAUUCUGUCUGAGUCUGAGGAUUCUAUAAUAAAUUUGUUUAAAGAAAAAUCUUGAAAA